AUAGGUUACUCGUUAAGAAAAGAAAGAAGGUACUUUGUGUAUGUGACUCUCCCAAAACCUGAUAAUCUGGUGGUUAGCAUCUAAAAGACCAAAUGUGGAAGGAAAUGGAGUCUAAGUUUUGCACUGCAAAGUUUAAUUCAAGCGCAAACCAUCUUGUCGUGCUCUUUUUAUGCAAAUUUUUUUGGCAAGAAUAUAUAUACCUUUUUUUAUCCUUUUUGUUAAAUACAAAGGCGAUUCUCCAUAUCUCAAUUCUCUAUGUCUUCUCGUUAAUUGUUGGGAAGAAUAUUGAUAUCAAUUAUGCAAAAUAGGUUGAGUACAAACAUUGUGUUAAGGUAGUCUACAGGACUAAAACAAUUAUCAAAGGCAGAUACUUUUUUUCUUACUUCAAACUAUGGUUUUAGCAUGCAGCAAUUUCUUAUUAUUGAAGAUUGCCUUUUAGAUUUUAUGCUAAUCAUGCUGUGUGAUUGAUAAGAGUAGAGUUUAUAAAUAUUUGGACAUUGUGUUGAAUUAGUUGAUUUGAGUCUUUGGGGAAAGAGUUUUGGUGUUAGUUUAAUAUAAAUCUUAGAAUGAAUAAAACUGCUCCAUUGGAGACACAGUUGCCAGCAAACACAUGUUCCAUGCAUCCUAAUGUUUCCUAGAAACGUGACUAGGAACUAGAUUGAAUCCAGUUUCUCUAGGAGUAAUUGACAAGCAUGAUAUCAUGAAAUGCCAGGAAUAAUGAAGAAAAAAACCCAGGAAACAACAGGAAAUAUGUAAUGGUAUCUAGGAUGCUGUUGGAUGUGCCACAAAAUUAUGAAACUCUGUGAUUUUACAUUCUUUAAAGUCACAAGUUAUGAUUUCAUAAUAUAAGCUAUUAGAUUGUGGAAAUAAAUUUCACAAAAUCCCUAAACCAUGAAAUUAGAAAUUCUUACUUCGAGUAGAAUUUUCUAGGUUCAUGGCCCCCUCCUAAACAUCUAUAUAUUUUCCAUUAUUUAACCAUCUCCUUUGACAACCAAGGACAUCCUAAAAAUUUUAUGUCUUGAAAUUAAAAAAGACUAUGAACCUUAAAAAUAUGAAUUAUGAUUUUGAAUGGGAUGCACCUACCAGAACUUAAUACUGAUUACUUUCAAAACUGCGCAGCAAAAUGUCAUACAGUGUGAUGAUUAUAUAUUGUGACUUCCGAACUCAUCCAAGACAAUCAUGUUCUAUGUUGAUCUUAAAUUAAUUUUUGACAUAAUUAUCACUUGCAAUGAAGUAUUGGUAGUCGUUCAGAUUUUGCAAAGUUGGUAUAAGGUGACAAUGUUUCUAUCUCUUCAGGAUGAAUAAUUGUAUAUUGUUGAAAUUCCACAGGUUGCAUUGAAAGAUUAAUAGUUAUUCACCAUAUAUUGGGAGAGGGUGAUUCUACAUUUAGAGAGGGGCUGUUGAUUUGUUCUCAUAAGGAAAUGUUGUGCAGAUAUCUAACUUUGCAGAUGAUUCAAGUCCUCUUGGUUAGGUUCUGUCUGGUACACACAUAUGAUUGUCUUUACGAGAUAAAAUUUAGUUUUAGUUAUAUCACUUCCCCCCUUGUAUCUUGGAUUUGCCUUCCAUGGGUUCAAACUUAUGCACUCUUCUUGGAGAAAUAUAUUGAGUGUUUUCAGGUUUUAAAAUAUGAUAUUGAAGCAGAGUGUCUGAUGAAGUCUCCUCAGGGGACUGCCAUGGGACAUAGUAGAACAAGAACUUUAGGUUGCAUGGAUCUGCUUGAGAAGUUGCCUGCCUUGCAACAGCUGCUACUUUGCCUUAUGACUGCUGGGCAGUGAUUCAUGCAAAACAUUUCGGUGGGCCCAUCGAGUGCUGCUGGAGGGUCCUCUCCUCUGUUCAAUGGCCACAGCUGAGGCCAUGAAUAAAUCUAGGAUCAACAGCAGGGUUACAGCAAGAAGCAGCAACGGGAGCUCUAGCUGCAAAAGCAAGGGGUUGGCCGCAGGUUCCAGCAGGAAUCAGCAUGUGGAAGCUCUGGGUUGGAAAAAAGAAUAAAGAGAAGACGGUAGAAGAAAACAGGAGGAAAGAAGGUCUCCCCUCCCAAAUAUUGCACGAGUUUGUGGAUUUUAAGGUGAAAUUGGGAAGCAAGGGAAGAAUUUUGGAAGAUCCAGUGGCUGAAGUUCAUAAUCUUUGAAUUUCUUCUGCUGCAUUCUUAUCGGAGAGGUGAUAGUCUGUAACUCGAAACUUUUAAUCUUGGAGAACAUGGAAGCGAGAUUUGAGAGAGAAACAUGGGGUAGGAAAUCCUUCAAUGAUCUUGUGCAGAGAAAUCCAGCCCAAGCACAUCCUCUUAAAAAUGAUGUGCAAUCGAUAUCCUCUUUAGAGGGAGUUACUGUCAGUAAAUCUACUGUUACCAGAAGCAUGCAAUGCAUGGGAGUGCCAGUGAUUAGGGAACAUGGAUGGCUAAGGAAGCAUGGUACAGAUGCGAUCGUGGCACUUGAAACAAUCCCCGAAUCCAUGACAGCUCCUGGCCCAUCCAAUGCUGUAGGAGGGUUCUCUCCCUCUUCUUCAGCAGCUGCAACACUCACAGUGGAGGCUAUGAAUAAAGCAAAGCAUCGGCUGCCAGGUUCAAGAAGAAAGCGGCGGAUGGAAGCACCAGGAUCAUCUGAGACUGGAUUUGUCGCGCAAGUUGUUACUGUUGAUACUGGCGAGGAUGUUGUAUCCAAAAUUAUGACCUUUUUACAACAAGGACCACGUGCUGUUUGUAUACUAUCUGCAUGCGGGGUUAUUUCCAAAGUGACCUUCCAACAGGCAACGACCUCUUCUGAGACUAUGAUUUAUGAGGGUCAUUUUGAAAUUCUGUCACUUUCUGGCUUGUCGCUGCCAUCAGAGAGUGGGGACCAGUGCAGCCGUGCAGGAAGGCUAAGUGUGUCACUUGCUUUCCUUGAUGGUCGCAUUCUAGGUGGUGUGCCAGGACUCAUGACAGCAGCAUCUACUGUGCAGGUGGUCUUGGGCAGUUUUAUUGCUGAGAACAGAGAAGUAUCAGAUGCUGCACCAGGUGAAGCCAUGGGAGCUUGCAAUCCACCAUCACAAGGCACAUCAAGUGAGUUUUCUGGAAGCCCUAAGAGUCUAGUCUUUGGAAACACUGGCACUUGGAACAGUAAUUAGCUGGGCUGGUUAUAAAUGCAAUGGUGAUUGCUGCUGGGAUAAGAAAUCAGAGUUGAAAUAAUGAGUAUUCUGGCAAGCCUGUGAGCCCACUUAACUGGAAGACUUAACAAGCUGUUGAAGUAAUCUAAUGCUGAUACCCUUGCAAUCUUUGUCAUUGUAUUAACAUUUGUGUUGCUCAUGUUUUUCCUCCUCAAAAUGUAAGUUCAGCCGUUGUUGCAGUGGGAUCCCUAAUCUUGGCGUCAUGUGAGUUUGAGAGAUUCUGGCAUUCAUGUAACUCCUUUUUGAUUUUCUAGCAGGAUGUUGGUUGUAAAAAUCCAACUUGUGUGCAAAUGUUUACAUGUUAAAUAUCACCAUGAGUUUUUCCUUUC